AAAACUUUGCAACACUGCUAGAGACUAUGACACCCUGUGAAAUAAUAUGACCAGCGGAAUCCGGCGCGCAAUUUGUGAGCAACUGCCACAACUGAAAAAUAUAUAUUAUGCCUUGGAAGUACCUUCCAAAGUGCAACAAAAUGCCGCUACACGACCACUACUUCAAUGGAUUCUGCCGGCUGAUGUUGCACAACAUGAACAUGAAUUGUUGGAGUCGGUAAAAUCUCAACAAUUUGAUACCACGUUCGUUGAAGAGGUGCGUGUGGUUCCCCGUAUGGGCCGCGAGGCAGCCAAAGUGGAAUUCAAGUUACAACCCGAUGCAUUUACAGCCCAUCUUCUGCAAGCAGACACAUUCAGCCCAGUGGUGUCGCCGUUUCAUGAGGAACACGUUGUUGUCGAGUAUAGCUCGCCAAAUAUCGCAAAACCCUUCCAUGUUGGGCAUCUGCGGUCCACUAUCAUAGGUAACGUGUUGGCCAAUCUUCAUCAGCAUUUGGGUUACCGUACGACACGUCUUAACUAUCUGGGCGAUUGGGGUACCCAGUUUGGUCUGCUGGCGCUUGGCGUUCAAAUGGGCAGUGUUAGCGAUACUCAAAUGCGUGAGGCACCAAUUGAAACGCUAUAUAACGCAUAUGUAAUGGCCAAUAAAGUGGCCGCAGAAGAUCCAAAGCUAGCUCAAAGAGCACGUGAAUUGUUUACUGCGUUGGAAGCGGACACAGACUUAACUAUGUCCAGCGAAUGGCAGAAAUAUCGGAAAUAUACUAUAGACGAGCUCACAGGUGUGUACGAUCGUCUAGGAGUCCAUUUCGAUAGCUACGAAUGGGAGUCGCAGUACUCACAACGAGAUAUUGGAGAUGUCCUAGCACAGCUACGGUCAGCGGGGCUACUGCAAAGAGAACACGAUGGUCGUGAGAUUGUUGUCGUGGAUCAACGCCGUGUGCCUGUUAUAAAAAGCGACGGAUCUACCUUAUAUCUGGCACGUGAUAUUGCAGCAUUAUUAGAACGACAGAAGCGGCUGCAGUUCACGCGCAUGCUUUACGUAGUAGAUAAUGGACAGACGGAUCAUUUCAAUGCCCUGUUUAGUACGGCGACAGCGCUGGACGAAAGCUUCAAAGACAAACUGCAGCAUGUGAAAUUCGGACGCAUUCAUGGCAUGAGCACCCGUCAAGGCAAAGCUAUAUUUCUCCGCGAUGUGCUUAACGAGGCGCGUGACGUGAUGCGGGAGAAGCGCUGCAACAGCGCAACAACUAAAGUUAAUAGCAAACUUAAUGAUGAACACGUUUGCGAUAUUCUGGGCGUGUCGGCAGUGCUAGUGAACGUGCUGAAGCAACGCCGGCAAAGGGAUCAUGAAUUUAGCUGGCAGCAGGCGCUUCAGGUUAAUGGCGAUACAGGCAUUAAGCUGCAAUACACACACUGCCGUCUGCACAAUCUUCUAGAAAGUUUUCGACAUAUUGAGCUGGCGGAAAUAAAGCCCAGCUGGCAGCAUUUAACUGAAGAACCAUCAGAUGCGCUAGCUGUCGUUUAUGAGUUGGCGCGCUUUGAUCAGUGUGUUUGGCAGGCCAAGGAGCAGCUGGAGGCCCAUGUGCUCGUGAACUAUCUGUUUGGCUUGUGCAACGCAACCAGUCGUGCACUAAAACGAUUGCCUGUGAAGCAGGAGAAAUGCCCAGAUAAGCAAUCGCAACGUCUACUGUUGUUCCGUGCAGCUAAGCGAACGUUGCAGCAAGGCAUGCAGUUGCUGGGUCUCAAGCCCCUGAACCAAAUGUAGUAGACACUUUUGAUAUAAUUUAAUAUAGUUUUUUUUAUUGAACAUUGAAGGAGUAGAAAUGAAACGCGGCUUUGUAGU